AUGACACAAUUCGACAUCAAAACUGCGUUCCUACAUGGUGAGCUGAACGAAUCCAUUUAUAUGGAUGUACCUCUAGGUGUCGAAACAAAGCAGGGUAAGUACAGCCGAUCCCUGUGUUUACAAAGGUAUAUUGACAAUGUUAGUGUAUUCUUAGGCCUCUAUGUAGACGACGGUUUAGUAUUAGCGGAAACAAUGGAGGCGCUUAACAAAGUUCUUGCAGUACUCAGAAAUUACUUUGAAAUUACAGUAGGGCAUCCAAGUUCAUUUGUAGGCAUACAAAUAAGUCGUGAUCGCCAAAACCAUUCGAUCUUCAUUCACCAAGAAAACUAUAUAGAGCGUAUUCUUGAGAUUUUUAAAAUGAAGGAAGCGAAAUCUGUUAGCGUACCUGCAGAUAUAAACUCGAUUAAGACAUUAAUGGAAAAUAAUUCUACUAAUAACAUUGAUGUACCUUAUCGUAGAGCGAUAGGAUGUCUCACAUUCCUUUCACAAGAUAUUCAGACGCAGAUUAUGCCGGUGACAUUAACACUAUACGAUCAACGAGUGGAUAUAUAUUUACGAUCUCUGGUGGACCUGGUCCUGGGCAUCACAACGUCAAAGAUGGUAUCACUAAGCACAACGGAGGCUGAGUAUGUAGCAGCAAACUCAGCCACGAAAGAACUCGUGUGGCUUAGGCGAUUGAUCAUUGAUCUCGAAUAUCAAUGUGAUAACCAACGACCUUAUACGUCGAUAAUCAAAGCACUAUAA